UAUUUGGUUCCUUCUUAGCAAAGGAAAGUAAAGCCUUUUUCAGUGACAAAUCAAUUCGGACGCUUCAGCUUAAGUAGCAGCAGCAGCAAGCAGACUCCAAAAUGCGAUCGUCUCCUUCCUUCAUUGCCUUUUCUCUGUUAUUCAUCGCACUCCUACCAUCUAUUCAGGCACACGCACCGAUUAACGCUCACUUCAAAUCUCUUUCGCCGUUUUCCUCCGCUCUCGAAACCCUCCAGAAACAGCUAGGUUACACUUUCAAGAAAAUUGGGCUUCUUCGCCGUGCCAUGACCCAUGCUUCGUUCUCUGAGGAGAACAACAAAGCCUUGGCAGUUUUGGGCGGCAGUGUCAUCGAAACCGCCGUGUCCUUCAAGCUUCUGUCCAAGGACAUUGAUGUUUCGGCUUCUGAGCUGAACAAAAUGGUAUCUCGAGUCUCAAAUGUGGAAUCUUCUUGUGCCGUCGAUGGAACGCGGCUGAGCUUGCACAAGGUGGUUAGAGUUGCUCCCAAUACCAACGCUUCUGCGCCUUCUGUGGUUUGCGGCGCGUUUCGAGCUAUCUUUGGUGGCAUUGCUAUUGAUACCGGAAAUUCAGAUGACGCAGGAAGUGUUUUCUGGAACCUUCAUGGUGAUCUUCUUGGCAAUGCACUAUCAAUGUGAGUUCAAGUUUAUGUACAGUUGUUUGUUUCAUGCUUGAUGCUCAAAGUACUUCUUAAGUUGUUAGUGAGUGAUCUGUGCUUUCUGUGUUGUAGUUUUUAAUCGACCUGAUUACUUUUGCUUUGCAUAUUCGUGCUGUUUCUUUUCUUUAAUUCUGUCAAGUUAUGAAGUCAUUUAGCAACUGUCA